GAGACAGGAAAUGGACCUGCAUGAAAACAAGGUGACGCCUGCAGUCCUCUCAGCGUCUGGACGCGACACGCACAGAAACAGACACCACAACAUCUGAAGGCACUUUGUUGUAAGAGGGGUCAUGGAUCCACCAGAUUUCCUGUGCUGGAGACUCACCCUGCUGCUGCUUUUAUCUCCAAGUGGGUUCCAUUGUCUGUCUGUUCACAUCACAAAUCAAGAGCCUGUGCAUGUCAUCUCUGGCUCUGUCCUGGUCCUCCAAGCCCAAAUUGAGCAUGGACCAAUGGAAGAGGUGUCCAUGGUAACUUGGGAGCGAGAACCCGAAACUGGAACUACUCCUGGGAGAGUGACACUGGCCACUUGCCCUGGUAAAAGUGCCACAUGUGCUGGUGAAAGACUAAAUAUUCUUGUGAAGAUUGAACAUCAGAAGACAACACUACAGAUCACUGAAUACCACCGACAGGAUGGCGGAGUCUACAGUGUGACUGUGACCAACCAAACAGGAUCUAAGAGCACCGCACAAUGCAUUGUCAGAGAAUACGAGGCGGUACACCACGUCUCAGUCAGCAUCAACACAUCCCACUCCAUACUGGUUUGUGGUGAGGCCUGGGGCACCGACCCCCGCUUCAACUGGCUUCAUGACCGAGUCACCAUCACCAAAGCUGUGGGGAGGGUCUCCGCAGAUGGAAUGACGUUGGUGAUCACCAUGACUCCUAUCUGUGGCCACUUCACCUGCAUGGUUAGCAACAAGCUGGGUUACAGCUCUGCCUCUUACGCUGCAGCACCGUGUGAGAUGGAGGGUGGUGGGACAACAGCAGCAGUGGUGUGCCUGGUCGUCCUGCUGCUGUGUGCAGGAGCGUUGGCUCUUCUUCUGUGGUACAGGCGGAGGCAACAUAACAACAGAAGAGAGAGGCUGCAUGAGGACGUGGAUGACAAACUGUAAAAAGAGGCUCAAACACUCAGCGGUCUCACAGAAGGAAAGGAAAUGGAGCAGACUCUGUGGGGGGAGCUUAAUGAGCAGCGUGACCUUGCACUGCAGUAAAACAAUGUGAAAAGUAAACAGUCGGUUUGAAAAU